GGCACCUCUCGUACGUCGAGGUACCUGACUGCGACCGUACUCAUAUACCGCGCUGUGGCAGACUCCGUCGACCUUGCCCGCCAUGGUUUGGUGUCGUCUCUCCGGUCUGCUCGCUGUCGCCGCCGUCACCAGUGCCGCCCAGUUCCCACUUGUCCAGCCAAACGUGAAGGCACAAAACAUCCCAGGCAGUGGCUUCGGCGCAGACCAAUAUGAUGCUGGCUUGUUCACACCCCUAGGUGACUUCUCCACAUUGUCCACCGACGAGUUCACGACUCUCGGUCAUCCACUCUUCCCCAACUACAAUGUGCGCAUCAAGAAGUCGGACUUUUGUGAUGGCACCGUCGGAACAUACACAGGAUACAUAGACGUCCAGGCCAGGCAUCUCUUCUUCUACUUCUUCGAGAGUAGGAACGACCCCGCCAAGGACGACGUCAUCUUCUGGACGAACGGCGGCCCGGGAUGCUCUUCUUCUCUGGGUCUUUUCAUGGAGCUUGGCCCCUGCAGGGUCACCAGCCCUGACAACUCCACAUUCAACCCGUAUUCUUGGAAUGCAAACGCCAAUAUCUUCUUCGUCGACCAACCCAUCGGCGUUGGCUUCUCAUAUGCCGAGUACGGAGAGACGGUCAGCACGACUCCGGAAGCAGCGAAAGAUAUUGCUGCAUUUGUCGCUAUCUUCUUCGAACACUUCAGCCAGUUCAAGGGACGUGCUUUCCACAUGGCCGGAGAGUCAUACGGUGGCCGCUAUAUCCCUGUAUUCGCCGCGGAAGUCUACGACCAAAACACAAAACUUGUCGAGGCAGGCCUUACUCCUGUUAACCUGUCCUCUGUCAUGAUAGGGAAUGGAUGCACGGACUUCGCUACUAUGGUGCCGUCUUACUACGACAUGACCUGCAGCCCUGCUUCCGUCGCCCCCAUAAUGGACAUCAGCUCCUGUGUGCGCAUGAAGCAGGCAGUUCCGCGCUGCCAGGAAGCCCUGCAGAAGUCCUGCGUUGACAGGUUCGAUAGCAUGGGCUGUGAGGCGGCGAACCUCUUCUGCGAAGUGGAGAUCAGCGAGCCCUUCUUCGACACCGGCUACAAUCCCUACGAUAUCAGCAAGCCAUGCGAUGGCCCUAUCUCCGACACUCUGUGCUACCCGGUAACAAAAGCGAUUGGUGCUUAUCUCGACCGACCGGAUGUCCGCAAGCAGAUCGGCGUGGACGGGUUCGUGAGCGCGAACUUCAGCAGCUGCAGCAAUGAGGUGGGCGCGGCUUUCCAUGCGGCGGACGACGAGAUAUUCCCGACGCAGUUCUACAUCGGCGCGCUCCUCGAGCGUGGCGUGCGUGCGCUCAUCUACGUCGGCGCGAAUGAUUGGAUAUGCAACUGGGUUGGCAACGAUCGAAUGUUGUUGGACCUGGAGUGGACAGGGCAGGAGGCGUUCGUCAAGGAAUCGUUGACGGAAUGGACGGUUGAUGGCGCUGCUGCUGGACUGACGAGGAACGUCGGACCCUUGACGUUUGCCACGAUCUACGGUGCUGGGCAUAUGGUUCCUUACGAUAAGCCCGCGGAGUCACUCGAGCUGACGAAGAGGUGGCUGGCCGGGAAAGAGCUGUGAAGUUCCGUAUCGCGAAGCUCAUGGAGAUAUUUACUGGUACAGCAUGUACCUGACAAGUGCAAGGAGAUGCGGUCAAAGAUUGAUACGCUCGGUAUAUCUGUCAAACGACCGGCUCUCAGGCUACUCACUUUGGCUUUCCGCAUCGAUGGUGCCAUAUCCGCAGGGAG